AUGGCGCCCACAGGCCCCAUCACCACUCCCCUCACCUCCCUGCUGGGAAUCCAGCACCCCAUCCUGCUGGCCGGCAUGGCGCGGACAUCAGGGGGUCCUCUCGCAGCAGCCGUAUCCAACGCCGGUGGGCUCGGCGUCAUCGGCGGCUUCCAGUACACCCCGGACCAGCUGCGGGAGAUCGUGGCCGAGAUGAAGGAGAAGUUCGUGCGGCCAGACCUCCCCUUCGGCGUCGAUCUGGCCCUUCCGCAGAUCGGUGGCAAUGCUCGCAAGACCAAUCACGACUACACGGGCGGAAAGCUGGAUGAGCUCAUCGACAUCACCAUCGAGAGCGGUGCCCGCCUCUUCGUGUCAGCUGUCGGUGUCCCACCCAAGUAUGUGAUCGAGAAGCUGCACAAGGCCGGCAUCCUGGUCAUGAACAUGGUUGGUCACCCCAAGCACGCUGUCAAGGCACUCGACCUUGGUGUGGACAUUAUCUGCGCCCAGGGCGGCGAGGGCGGCGGCCAUACUGGCGACAUCGCCAACAGCGUGUUGAUACCGGCAGUUGUGGAUGUAGCGCGCAACUACCGUCCGCCGAUGCUCAAGGGGCAGCCGGCGCUGGUCGUCGCCGCCGGUGGAAUCUCCAACGGGCGGUCACUAGCAAGUAGUCUGAUGCAAGGCGCUGUAGGCGUGUGGGUUGGCACACGAUUUGUUGCCAGCGUCGAAGCCGGAUGCAGUGAGGAGCACAAAGAGGAGGUUGUGAGCUGUGGCUUUGACCAGACUCAGCGCACACUGGUGCUAAGCGGCCGGCCGCUACGCAUGAAAACCAACGAAUAUAUCAGUCGGUGGCACGCACAGCCCGACAAGAUCAAGGAGCUAUGUGAUCAAGGAGUGGUUCCCAUCGAGUGGGAUCUGGACCAGGGGAACGACAUAGACAUGCCGCACCUCAUGGGUCAGGUUGCCGGCAGUAUCCAGAAAAUCCAGCCAGCUGGGGAGAUUGUUGCCGAGAUGGUGGAGGAAGCGGUAGGAAUGUUAAAGCUAGGAAACGCGUACCUGAGCGAGAAAAGCAGACUGUAA